AUGGUGGGUGGAGGAAAAGUUGUGGAUCACUCGGAAGGGACAAGUGCCAAAGCCGGACAGCUGGGCAUCAUCCCUGGCACAGGCACUGGCUCCUACAUAGUGCGUGGCGAGGGUGAGGCAGACUCCUGGCAGUGUCUUGCUCACAUGGGGCUGGCCAUCUAUGUCCAGG